AUGGGAGGUCCUUCCUUAAUCAACCGGCCUUUUCUUUGUACAGGUAGAACUGAGCUUCAAUUCUGCUUCUCCGUAGAGCGUUUGAUGAAGGGACUUGAAAGUGCCGAAGUUAGAUCCGGAGAAAUUGGAGUCGAAUCGUUCCAAUUCGGUGAGGAAAUUCAAAGAUUAAUGUCCACACCGCUGGAAGUCGGUAGCUCCUUCACUGCACUUCUUGAACUUCCGACGAAUCAAGCAAUGUCGCUCCUACACUCGCCGCAAUCUGACGAUACUCCUGCGAAACUUUCCGGUGGGGUUUGGAAUAAUCAUCACAAUCCCUAUCAUAUUCAGUCACUCAAUUGUACUCUGACGUUUCCAUCCAACACUGCUCUUAAAAAGAAGAAAAAUGAUUGGGUCAUUACAGCUCUACUUGAUCGUGCUUCUAAGUUCUCCGUCUUUGCUGCCACGGUGAACUCACUGGAGACAAGCUCAAUUCCGUCCAAUUCGAGCGGGAAUUCGUAUAAAGUGAAACCAGAACCGUUUGAUUCGGAUUCAAAUCCUGAUUCAUCACCGAUGGUGUCUGACCCAACAGUUUCGAACAAAAAUAAAAAUCAACAAAAUCAGCAAUGUUAA